AUGACAACGGCAAACAAUAGAAAACGAUGCUUUUCAUGCAGCAGAGAAAACAAUACAUAUACUUGUGAAGGAUGUUCAAAACGAUUUUGUUCAAUACAUAUACCAGAACAUCAUCAAAGAUUAAAUGAAGAACUAAAUCAUAUUAUUGAUGAUUAUAAUAAAUUUAAACAAACAAUUAAUGAACAAAAACAAAGUCCACAUGAUCUUUCUUUAGUAAAUCAAGUUAAUCAAUGGGAAAGAAAUUCAAUUGCAAAAAUUCAACAAAAAGCAAAAGAAUGUAGAGAAAUUGUCAUUAAAUCAUCACAAACAUUGUUGAAUGAUAUUGAAAUAAAAUUUAAUGGGUUAAGUGAACAAAUACAACGAUUUCAGAAAGAAAAUGAUUUUAAUGAAAAUAAUUUAAAUCAUUUAAGAAAUCAAUUAAGAAAAAUGGCAAAAGAAUUAAAUAAUCCAUCAAAUAUUUCUAUUCAACAAAAUUCACAAACAUUUAUCAGUGAUAUUUCAAUUAUCUCAUCAAAAAACCUUAAAUUCAACAAAUGGAAACAAAAUGCCACGACUGUAGCUGGUGGACAUGGACUAGGACGGAAAUUAAAUCAAGUCACUGAUCCUGAAGGGAUCUUUAUUGAUAAAAAGAAAAAUAUUCUUAUUGUUGAUUAUAAUAAUCAUCGUAUUGUUGUAUGGAAAUGUAAUGCAAAAGAAGGACAACUCAUUGCAGGUGGAAAUGGACAAGGAAAUCGAAUGAAUCAGUUAAAUAAUCCACUAGAUGUGAUUGUUGACCAACAAAAUCAUUCGAUCAUCAUUGCUGAUUUUGAGAACAGUCGAGUGAUUCAAUGGUUGAAUCAAAAGCAACAAAUUCUCAUUCAGAAUAUUGACUGUUCUGGCUUGGCAAUGGAUAAAAAUGGGUUUCUUUAUGUUUCUGAUUGUAGUAAUAAUGAAGUGAGACGAUGGAAAAUGGUUGAAUACAACAACGAAGGAAUUUUAGUAGCAGGUAGAAAUGGAAAAGGUGAUCAACUUAAUCAACUCGAUUGUCCUACUUUUAUCUUUGUUGAUGACGAUCAAUGUGUUUACAUAUCAGAUCAAAACAAUCAUCGUGUAAUGAAAUGGAGAAAAGGUGCAAAAGAAGGAAUAAUUGUGGCUGGAGGAAAUGGAAAAGGAGGAAAUCUCAAUCAAUUGUGUUAUCCUCAAGGAAUAAUUGUUGAUGAUUUGGGUCAAAUUUAUGUGGGAGAUUGUGGGAAUCAUCGAAUAAUGCGUUGGUGUGAAGAAAAAGAAAAAGGUGAAAUUAUUGUUGGUGGAAAUGGUCAAGGAAAUCAAUUAAAUCAAUUGGAUCAACCCCGUGGUAUAUCUUUUGAUGAUGAAGGAAAUCUUUACGUUGUUGAUAGUUUUAAUCAUCGAAUUCAAAAAUUUGUAACAGUUUUGUGA